AUGGAUCCCCUCGCACAGCUGGCAACAGGCCAGAUCCUAUGGAUUGCAUGCUACGCCGCCGCCCUCGUGUGUAUCUCGGUCUUCCUCAACGUCCUGAAUCAAAUCUUCUUCUACCGCGCGAAUGAACCCCCUGUUGUGUGGCACUGGAUUCCUUUUCUGGGGAGUACCGUUGGCUACGGCAUGGAUCCGUAUCGGUUUUUCUUUGCUUGUCGGGAGAAGUAUGGCGAUAUCUUCACUUUUAUCCUGCUGGGUAGGAAGGUCACUGUAUACCUUGGUAUUGAAGGAAAUGAGUUUAUUCUCAAUGGGAAACUCAAAGACGUUAACGCCGAGGAAGUCUAUGGCAAGUUGACUACCCCCGUGUUUGGGUCGGAUGUGGUAUAUGAUUGUCCAAAUUCGAAGCUGAUGGAGCAAAAGAAGGUUUAUUAUUCCCUUUCCCUCCCUCACCCUAUCCAUCUUCAAGAAAAGACCCCGACUGAUGCAAAAAAGUUCGUCAAAUUCGGUCUCGGCCAAGCAGCUCUAGAAUCCUACGUCCCCCUAAUCGAGGAAGAAGUGGAACAAUAUAUCAAGACAUCUGGUCGAUUCAAAGGCUCCAGCGGAACCAUCGACCUAAGCACAGCCAUGGCCGAGCUCACAAUCUUCACAGCGGGCCGCACCCUGCAAGGCGACGAGGUGCGCGCAAAGCUUACCUCCUCCUUCGCAGACCUGUACCACGACCUCGACCGGGGGUUCUCGCCAAUUAACUUUAUGCUGCCCUGGGCACCGCUGCCUCACAACCGCAAGCGAGAUGCUGCGCAUGCGAAGAUGAGGGCUAUUUAUCUGGAUAUUAUCCAGUCUCGACGAGAGAACCCUAGCAAACAGUCUCCGACUCCAUCCAACGAUAUGAUCUCCAACCUCAUGCACUGUGUAUACCGCUCCGGCACACCAAUCCCGGACAAAGAAAUCGCACACAUGAUGAUAACGCUGCUGAUGGCAGGCCAGCACUCCUCAUCCGCAAUCAGCUGCUGGAUCAUGCUCCGACUGGCCUCAGAGCCGGCCCUGGCCGAAGAGCUAUAUCUAGAACAGAAGCAGCAGCUCGGCGCUACCUUACCACCACUGGAAUACAAGGAUCUCGACAAGCUACCCCUGCACAAGAACGUGGUCAAGGAGACACUGCGCAUCCACUCAUCGAUCCACACGCUCAUGCGCAAAGUCAAGAACCCGCUUCCUGUGCCAGGGACAGAAUUUGUGGUUCCAGUGACGCAUACCCUUCUCUCGUCGCCGGGGUUCACAGCGCGCGAUGAGCGGUUUUUCCCGAGUCCGAUGAAGUGGGAUCCGCAUCGAUGGGAAAAGGAGGAGGGGGAGCAGAAUGAGGGAGUCAACGAGGAUACGGUUGACAAUGGCUACGGCGCCGUGUCGAAGGGGACGCGCAGUCCGUACCUCCCGUUCGGGGCGGGUCGACACCGCUGCAUUGGGGAGAAGUUUGCGUACUUGAAUCUAGAGGUUAUUGUGGCGACGCUGGUGCGGCAUUUCCGGUUUUAUAAUGUGGAUGGGAGGGUUGGGGUGCCGGAGACGGAUUACUCGUCUCUAUUUUCUCGGCCUAUGCAGCCUGCUACGGUGCGCUGGGAGCUUCGUGCUUAG